UAGCGUCUCCUGUCUCAGGCUUGUGCGCCCGCGGCGUCAGAUGCCAGCAGAGCUGAUCAGGAUGAUCACGGACGUGCAGCUCGCCAUCUUCGCCAACGUGCUGGGCGUGUCGCUCUUUUUGCUUGUUGUUCUCCAUCGCUACGUGGCGGUCAACUAUCCCAAGAAGCAGGAAUGAAAGUGGCGCUUUCUCCGCCCCAGGGUUCCAGGACAUAGUCUGAGGGAAGAUGGAGGGUGAGGGCCUUCACACUUCACUUCAUCCCUUCUACCCAUGACAACAUACAAAGCAACUACACCUGGAUUUUUCCAAACAACUUUUAUUUCCUCAAAGUCUUCCUUAACCCUAUGGAACAAGAAACUGCCACUGAAUAGGGCCCAGUAUAGGGGCUGCUUUCUUUUCUGCCCCCUCCCCCCAAUACAAAAAUAUAGAUAUAAAACAAAACAAAAACAAAAAAA